GGAACUGAGUAGGCAAAGCAAUCCUGAGAAUAUCUCCGAGGAGGGAAGCAGCAUCGAAGUGACACAGCGGAGUACUGCCGUGGCUUACUGGUCUGUCCGCACAAACCCAAGCAUUUCGGAAGGCCAGUGACAUCACAAACAGCCGGCAUCAUGGAGGCUUUCGUCGGCACAUGGAACCUGAAGGAGAGCAAGAAUUUUGACGACUAUAUGAAGGCACUGGGUGUGGGCUUCGCCACGCGGCAGGUGGGCAGCAUGACCAAACCCACCACCAUCAUUUCCAUGGACGGCGACACCGUCACCCUGAGGACCCAGAGCACCUUCAAGAACACCGAGAUCAGCUUCAAACUGGGCGAGGAGUUUGAUGAGACCACCGCAGAUGACAGGAAAGUGAAGUCUGUGGUGACGCUGGAUGGAGAUAAGAUGGUGCACAUUCAGAAGUGGGAUGGGAAGGAGACGACCCUGGUGAGGGAGGUCAGCGAUAACAGCCUGACUCUGACGCUGACGCUGGGUGACGUGGUGUCCACUCGCUCGUACGUAAAGGGCGAAUAGAGGACCGACUUCCUGUCUCUACCCCCACUCGCCCCUGCUCCCAGCCCUUCACUGCAGGAUCCAGCGUGGUGCUAUGCUAUGGGUAUCCUAUUCCCUCCCCCCCCCCCCCCCCCCCAUCUUUGUACUGCCUCCUCUGUCUUAGACAAUAAAAAAAUCCAAGUUUUGUUUUUUCA